AUGGACCAUUCAUUCUGCCAUUGCCCUUCUAGUCUUGCGGUUUGGAAUCUUGCUCAUUGUAAUGAUCUUUCAAAUGCCAAUGAUAUGGUUGAAACUUUAAAUGAUAUUUUCAUUAACAGGCCCUAUGAUGCUGACAAGCUCUCAAAAAUUAUUCUUCUGUGUUGGCAGAUUUGGCAAAAAAGAAAGAAUGUCAUUUUCAGGAAUGAAAUUUUCUCUCCCCAUGCAGUGGUAGCAGGUGCAGCUGCUUUCACAAGAAGAUUGAACUCUCAAACCAACACUUCUUCUUGUGUGGCAGCUCACUCAAACAACAUCAAGUGGUCUCUUCCUUCAUCCGGCUAUGUCAAAUUGAACUUCGAUGGGUAUGUCUUUCAACACAACUCCAAUUUUGCUUCAGGCUUUGUUUUACGAGAUGAUUCUGGCUGUCCUCUUAUUGCCUAUACCAGAAGGAUAGGGAAAACUGAUGUCCCUAUAGCUGAGGUUGUUGCUCUUAGAGAUGGUCUUCUCUCUGCUCGAAAUCGCAACAUCUCGAGAGUAAUUGCUGAAGGAGACUCACAACUUGUCAUCAACUGCAUCAAAAGCACUACCAGUAUUCCUUCGAAGCUAAGCUCGAUCGUGAAGGACAUCAUACAUAUUGCUACGAGAUUUGAGCAUAUCUCUUUUUCUCAUACGUUCCAGGAAGCAAACUUCAUUGCAAAUGUUGUCGCCAACCAUAGUCAUGUUUUGGGAUUUAAAUUUUUCUCAGCCGGUUGCUACUGCUUUAAAUUUCGACUUCUUUGA